UCUUUGAAGAAUAGACACAAAAACACAAAAAAAAAACAGCUGCUUCAAACCAAAACAAAUUGCAAUACUACAAUUUUCGCAUACCUUUAAUCCCUCAUAUCCUUGCAGCGACAGCAAAAACUCAGGAAACAGCCAUCACAAACGAAACGUUACGAAGAAAGGCUGCGCAGUAACAAGCAAAUAAACUCACAGAGGAGAAUAUGAAUAGCUAAAAGAAAGCACAAAAUAAAAAUUCCAUAUAUGAAACAGCAGCAACAAAGGUGAAGAAAUUCAACAAAAGAGUGCGCUUUUAGAGCAAGCAAACACAUUGAACGGCAAAACGCAGCCAACUAGCAAACGGAGGAGGAGCAGCGACAUACAGCAUAUGCCAUCAAGCUGAAAGUAAUCUAAAUACGCGUUUUCUUUUGCACCAAAGGACGGGCAGAAAUAGUACACAGACGCAUUCGUAAACAGUGAAAUUCCUCUAGAACUGCGUUUCCUGCACAAACUUCUUUGCACAAAGCAUAAAAUCAACAAUUUCAUUUUUCCUUCUGUGAUCUCCACCACUGCUGGGUCAAUCGAUGCCAGUACAACUCUGUGCACAGAUCAUUCUAUUUUCUCACUAACGACGGCGUUCUUAUACCAAGAGAGAAGGGAGAGCAGAGAGCUACAGCAGCGACUACCCGCACAUCCCCUAAAUCCACUUCCUUAGAAAAUCCCGAACACAGUAGCUCCCCCCCCCCCUUCGCUCAGUAGCAAAAUCCUGCGCCUAACGCACGCACAAUGACAAACGACGUCGUACGAUGGAAUUCAGCAGCGAAAGCACAAAUCGGUAGCGAGAGCGCGACUAGCAAAAGCAAAAACCAAAACAACUACAGCGAUUAUCCAACACGAAAUUUUGCUGCGAAUAACAACAGCUCUCGAUGGUCGGCAAAUGCGGCGACUACAAGUGGGUGGGCGUUUAGGCAACCGGCUAGGCAGCUUCAACUUCAUCAACUGCAAAAGCAACAACAUUGUGAUACUAAUGCAAGUUUUCUUAAUGCAACAACAACAACAACAACGCCAACAACAAGUAGUUAUUUAGUGAACACUCGUCAUAGCGUAAGCCAACAACAAACACAUGCGAUCAAACAUAAAUCGAAAAAAACAUCAGCGUCUAGUGCAUAUAGUAGACAUUUCCAACAACAACAACAAGAAAACCAACAGCAAUUACGACCACAAAAGCAACAACAUAAUCACCAUUAUUACCAUCGCCGUCUGCCUCGCCGCCAGCAGCUAGCAGCAGCAGUAGCGUCGCGGACAUCUGUUGCUUUGCAUUUAAAUAGGAUUUUGUUGAAUUGUGCGGAAUUGAGUGUUGUGUUAGUGUUUUUGUUGUGUACGUUGAAUGUCGGUUUCGUGACUUUGCCGAGCGCCAGCGCUGCCAUUGCCACCGCCGCCGCCGCAGCCACCUCGCAUGGGAACCAAACAGCUGCAGGGAAUGCGAUUGGCGUUGGUGUUGGUGGUGGCGAUGAUUUGACGCUGGCGGCGGGGUGGCCCUUUGAAUUGGACUACGACGAGGAGGGCGAAAGUGGGAGUGCUGGAAAUUAUACGCACACAUGGGCGGUGCAUAUACCCAACGGCGAAGAAAGUGGUGUGGCCGAUCAAGUGGCGCGAGAUCAUGGUUUCGUCAAUUUGGGCAAGAUCUUCGAUGAUCACUAUCAUUUUGCGCAUCACACAGUCUCCAAGCGCUCGCUGAUGCCCUCGGUGCCGCAUCAGACGCGACUUGACGUUGACAAUCGAGUGCACUGGGCCAAGCAGCAGCGGGCCAAAUCGCGUCGGAAACGUGACUAUAUACGAAUGCGGCCGUCGAGAACAUCGUCGCGCGCGCUUUCACAGGUGGAUAUAGUUCCUUUAAACGACCCGAAAUGGGCGCAAAUGUGGUAUCUGAAUCGCGGUGGCGGCUUGGAUAUGAAUGUGGUACCUGCAUGGCAGGCGGGCAUCACCGGCAGGGGUAUUGUGGUGACAAUACUCGACGAUGGUCUGGAAUCGGAUCAUCCCGAUAUCGAGCACAACUAUGAUCCCGAGGCGUCUUACGACGUCAACAGCCACGACAACGAUCCAAUGCCUCACUACGACAUGACCGAUUCGAAUCGUCAUGGUACGCGUUGCGCUGGUGAAGUGGCCGCCACCGCCAAUAACUCAAUCUGUGCGGUUGGUAUUGCAUUUGGCGCCAGUGUUGGCGGUGUCCGAAUGUUGGAUGGCGAUGUAACGGACGCCGUCGAAGCGCGUUCCCUAUCGCUCAAUCCGCAACACAUAGACAUCUACAGUGCGUCUUGGGGACCCGACGACGAUGGGAAAACGGUCGAUGGGCCGGGUGAGUUGGCGCAACGCGCCUUCAUCGAAGGCGUGACGAAAGGACGGCAGGGCAAGGGUAGCAUUUUUAUUUGGGCUUCAGGCAAUGGUGGUCGUGAAUUCGACAAUUGCAACUGUGACGGGUAUACGAACUCCAUUUGGACACUGUCAAUAUCUAGUGCCACCGAAGAGGGUCACGUACCCUGGUAUUCGGAGAAAUGCAGUUCCACAUUGGCGACCACUUACAGUAGUGGCGGACAGAGUGAGAAGCAGGUGGUGACGACAGACUUGCAUCACUCGUGCACGGUAUCGCAUACGGGUACCUCGGCGUCGGCGCCACUGGCAGCCGGCAUAGCGGCGUUGGUGCUCGAAUCGAAUACGAAUUUGACGUGGCGCGAUUUGCAACACAUUGUGGUGCGUACAGCGAAACCGGCAAAUUUACGCGAUCCGACAUGGUCGAAGAAUGGUGUCGGUCGGCGUAUUAGUCACUCAUUCGGCUAUGGGCUGAUGGAUGCGGCGGCUAUGGUGAAAGCGGCGCGUAACUGGAAAACGGUGCCGGAACAACAGCGUUGCGAGAUCAAUGCGCCGCAUGUGGAUAAAGUUAUUCCGCCCAGAAGUUAUAUCACAUUACAGUUAACCGUAAAACACUGCUCAUCCGUCAAUUAUCUGGAACACGUUCAGGCAAAAAUCACACUCACAUCACAACGUCGCGGUGACAUUCAACUUAAUCUGAAGUCACCGGCAGGCACCAAAGUUACUUUACUCACACCACGUAUUCACGAUGUAUCACGUUCUGGUUUUAACCAGUGGCCCUUCAUGUCCGUCCAUACUUGGGGAGAGUCACCGCAUGGCGAUUGGCAGUUGGAAAUUCACAACGAAGGUCGUUAUAUGGGUCACGCCUUACUCCGCGAGUGGUCGCUAAUAUUUUACGGUACCACACAGCCUAUCGACCCCAAUGACCCAGUGUCCACACCGCGCGCCUAUUCCGCCGAAAACACAACGCCCAAUUCGAAUGCGGCGAGCACCACAACGAACCUCCAUCAGAUCUACUCGCCACAAUAUCCGCGCAUUUCAUCCAAUAAUGUUGGUGGCGGCGGCGGCGGCGGCGGCGGCAGCUUCAGCAAUUCGGCGACCAGUGUUGUGGGCGCCAUCAACGCCAUGCCGGGAGCGGGCGUGAAAAUUCCCAUUAAAUUGCCAACGCCGUUCAACAAAUCCGUUUACACGGCCGUGAAUGGCGCAAAUAAUCCAUUGUUGAAUGUCGCUAACGGAAGUAGUAAAAAGCAACAGCAACAACAACAACAACAACUCUACAAACUACAACAACAGCAGACACAGCCGCCCAGUUAUCAACAAAUCUCAGCGACCUAUGGCGUCAUAUUGGGUUCGCAGAGCGGGAAGGCUGGCAAGGGCGGCAAAGGAAAGGGGAAGUCUGGUGAGAAGGGUAACGGCAAAGGAGGCGGAAAUGGCGGCGGUGGCGGCAGCAAAUCGUCAGCCAACAAGAAGGAACAGACUACUGCAACAAAUACGAAGAAUAAAUUCUACCGCAUAUCACAACAACAGCAACAGGGCGGCGGCGGCGGCGGCGGCGGCGGCGGCGGGAACGGAAAUAGCAAGUCGAAUGGCGAAAAGUCCUCAAAACAGGGAGGAGGACGCAGUAAAGCGCAGUCAGGCGAGCGUUUACAGGGCUACGAUGAAAAGCUGAGCCGCAAAGUUAUUGGCGAAAUAACAACAACAACCACGACCAGUACAAGCGUGAAUACAAAAAACCACAACAACCAAAACAUCAAAGCGAAUAGCAACAGUAAAACUGCGCUCAAAGCUGACUCCGCGAGUGCGUCUGCAGGCGCGAUCUCGACCGCUUCGAAAACCGUCGCCACGCAAAUGACCAGCUACUCGAAGUUGCCCGUCAAGGCGACCAAACAAAUCAAAGAGUCGCUGCUGCCUAUGCAAACACAUGAAAAGCUUACAGUCGCAUCCUUCGCCGACACGCGCAUACCGAAACUCUUUGAACAUUACGAGAAAAUACAGGCAAUCUUUCCGGAAUUUCAGCCAUAUCAGGGGCCCAAAGAGAAGGAUACCACUGCCGCCGCAGCGGCAGCAGCAGCAGCUGUAGCGGCUGAGAAGCGAAAAUUGGCUGCCGCUGCAGCCGGCAUUUCACCGCUGGACUACGAAGCGGAAACCUUCAGGCCGAUGUUGGGUGCGAUGAGUGGCAGUAGCGGGGAAAAUGGCAACGCUAAUGGAGCGAGCGGAAGUGGUUCGAAACCGUCGCGUGAGAAUGCCAAGAAGUCUUCGCCCAGCUUUGUGCCCGAUCAGAAGAUUAUCAAGAAACAACAACUGCUGCUCGCGGCAGCGGGUUUGAGCGGCGGCACACAGCGUCCGAUUGGCGGUGUGCUCGGCGUGUUGCCCAAUCGUAAGGGCAGCGCAAGCAACGCGCAAAUCACACAAUGGGACUUGAUUUUCUAUGGCACUGAAACGCCCGCCCAGCCGGAAGACGACAUUCACAUUAGCGAUGGUCUAUUUGGCAACGAUAUGGGGCACAAUGACAUCGAAUACGAUGCUAAUUUACAAUGGCGAAAUAUGCAGCAGGUUGGUGAAUCGAGUGCGAUGGCCAAUGAUAAGACGAAUACGUCGUGCCUGAAGGCGACACCCGACCAAAGAUGUUUAGGUUCAAAAACACUUCAGACAGUUACCCUAGAAAACACGUCCACCAACAAUAAAUUGGAACAAACAGAAACUGGUUCUUUUACACUGAGUACAGGAGAUGCCACAAUUCAAUUCGAUUUGAUUCCCAGCAGCACUGGUAUCGUGCAUGUCCGCGUCUCCCGCAAUGUUCCUGCUGGCACGCAGCCUAUUGAUUGCUUCGAUCUGGAUGUCUCUAAUGCACACUGGUAUGGUGGUCCAGAAUACAAGAAUCAUUAUUGGCCAGUAGAGAAGCAAACAUUGACCAAUUUCUCGUAUGUCACUAAAGAAUUGGAGAACAUGGGCGUAGCUGAGCGUUAUUGGCUCAAUACGAAAGGUGAAUUCUUCUAUGUCGAAGAUAAUACACCCCUCUUCGUCGAACAAAAUUCCGAAGGCUAUGAAAACAAGUUGUGCUUCAGUGCAUUAAGUGCGCUACCGUUCAACUCACGCGUUGAUAAAGUAACUUUUGUAUAUCACAUUGGUAUAGCAUCAAAUGCUAAGGAUGCACAUAUGUAUGUCGUAAAGAAAUUCCUUGGCCAUCCUUCUGAAUAUCCUGAUGAGCGCAUGGUUGCCCAUCCGAUCUGGUCCACAUGGGCGCUUUAUAAAAGAGAUAUCAAUGAGUCUGUUGUGCGCGCAUUCGGUGAAGAAAUUUUGAGCAAUGGUUUCAACAAUAGCCAGCUGGAAAUCGAUGACGACUGGGAAGAUUGCUAUGGCGCAUUGUCAUAUCGUAAAACUAAAUUUCCUGACAUGAAGCAGUUGACUGACGACUUGAAGUCGAAAGGUUUCCGUGUCACUUUGUGGAUACAUCCCUUCAUCAAUAAAAAUUGCGAACCGAUCUAUAGUGAUGCGUUAAAUAAGGGUUACUUGAUCCUUGAUCAUAAUAAUAAUCCAGAUACACAAUGGUGGAAUAGCGGUCCGAAUGAAGCUGCUUAUGUUGAUUUUACCAAGGCUGAGGUGCGCACUUGGUUCAGCGAUCGCCUGAAGAGUUUGCAGGAGGAAGGCGGUAUUGACAGUUUCAAAUUCGAUGCCGGCGAGUCAAGUUGGAUGCCCUCCGAUCCUGUACUGCAGGGUGACUUGAGCCUAUCACCUACACAAAUGACGCGCGACUAUGUGCGUACCGUAGGUGCCUUCGGUCCCAUGGUGGAAGUGCGUUCCGGUCAAAAUACACAGGAUCUUCCAAUUUUUGUGCGUAUAGUAGAUAAGGACUCCGAGUGGGGUUGGAACAAUGGCUUGCUUACACUCAUAACGACAAUGUUGCAAAUGAAUUUGAAUGGCUAUCCAUUCGUGUUGCCCGACAUGAUUGGCGGCAAUGGCUAUGACGAUAAACCACCGAGUAAAGAACUAUUUUUGCGCUGGUUGCAAGCAAAUGUUUUCAUGCCUAGCUUGCAGUUCUCGUACGUACCAUGGAAUUUCGAUGAAGAAGCUAUUGAGAUAAGCAAGAAAUUCGUGCAAAUGCAUGCUGAUUACGCUCCUGAAAUCAUCAAGCGCUUCAAAUUGGCAACGGAAACCGGCGAACCUGUGAAUUUGCCACUCUGGUGGGUUGAUCCAAGCGAUAAAGUGGCGCAAGGCGUUUACGAUCAAUUUCUGCUCGGCGAUGACAUCAUUUCUGCACCAGUCGUUGAGGAGGAUGCUGUUGUUCGCGAUAUAUAUUUGCCUAAAGGAAAUUGGAAAGAUGGCAAUACAGGCGUAGUGUACCAAGGCCCCAAAUGGCUGAUGGCAUACAAAGCACCACUGGACACGCUGCCUUAUUUUGUGCGCGAGCACAACUAAUGUGUGAUAUAACUACAUAUCGUCCUGACCUGUAAUACAAAAAGCUGUAACGAACCAAUUCAAUAAAGUGAGGAGUUGAAAUUCGAUGAAAUGCGGCAUUUUCAUUAAAAAGAAGUGAAUUUUAGUUUUAUUGUCAGUUUUAGCCUUUUGCGUUUCAAAGGACGUUUGCACAUACAUAUGUAUGUAUGUAGUUUAAAGAUAUAAGAUUAUAUCAUUUAAAUCUUUUAAAAUUAGAAAUAUGUGUAAGCAACGUUGUACAAUUAUUCAUAAAAUAAAUAUAAAAAUUGUUAGUAUACAAAAUUUCGUCAAUAAAUGUGACAAUCGUUU